CUCCAAGUCGGCUUAGUCCUUAAUUCUAAUUUACUUAAAAAACCAGAGAGCGACCUUAUUCUCUCUCUCUCUCUCUCUCUCUCUCUCUCGCUGUUGAUUUUGAAAGACGACGACUAGGAAUUGGAAUAGGAAUCUUCUUUGCGUGUGUUAGGUAUUCGACGGAAGGGAAAGCUCUUGUUCGCCGGGAAACAAUGGAUGUUAGCACCAAUUCCACGGCCAGUAAUGUCGCCCAGGCGAUUCUCGCUACUCUCGAUUAUAACUCUACUCCCGAUGCUCGCAAAGCCGCCGUUGCAUUCCUCGAAUCUAUUAAAUCUGGAGAUAUCAGGGUUCUAGCAAAUAUUUCCUUACUUCUAGUGAAAAAGGAGUGCUCUUCGGAAAUUCGACUGCAUGCCUUCAAAAUGCUACAGCAUUUGGUUAGACUACGGUGGGAGGAAUUAAGCCCCUCAGAGCGCAGGGAUUUUGCUAAGCUAUCUGUUGAACUAAUGUCCGAGAUUGCUAGUCCGUGUGAGGAGUGGUCUCUUAAGAGUCAGUCAGCUGCCCUUGUAGCUGAGAUUGUUAGAAGAGAAGGCCCCGAUCUUUGGCAGGAGUUGUUUCCUUCACUUGCUUCCUUGUCUGCACAGGGCCCGUUACAAGCUGAAGUGGUCUCAAUGAUGUUAAGAUGGCUCCCAGAAGAUAUAACAGUUCACAAUGAGGACUUGGAAGGUGACAGGCGUCGGUUAUUGUUGCGGGGACUUACUCAAUCUCUGCCUGAGAUUUUGCCUUUAUUGUAUAAUCUUCUCGAGAGACACUUUGGAGCUGCGAUGAGUGAAGCCAGUAGGCAACAGGUUGACUUGGCAAAACAGCACGCAGCUGUGGUUAUAGCUUGUUUAAAUGCCAUCAAUGCAUAUGCCGAAUGGGCUCCUGUUCUAGAUCUUUCCAGAUAUGGAAUUAUUAAUGGGUGUGGUGUCUUACUUUCUUCUCAUGACUUCCGUCUUCAUGCUUGUGACUUUUUCAAACUUGUCUGCUCAAGAAAAAGACCCAGUGAUGCUCCUGGUUCUGAAUUCGAUUCUGCAAUCAGCAGUCUGUUUCAGAGUCUGAUGAAUGUCUCCAGAGAAUUCUUAUACAGAUCAGCCUCAAAUGCUGGGGUUAUAGAUGAAAGUGAUUAUGAGUUUGCUGAGUGCAUAUGUGAAAGUUUGGUUUCUUUAGGCUCAACAAACUUGCAAUGUAUUGCUAGUGAUGGUGGUGUUCUGGCUUUAUAUCUUCAACAGAUGCUUGGUUUCUUUCAACACUUUAAGCUGGGUCUUCACUUUGAAGCAAUGCACUUCUGGCUGGCAUUAAUGAGGGAUUUACUUUCAAAGCCGAAGGCUGCUGCUUAUCUAAGUGGAGAGGGACCAGCAGUUGGUAGUUCAAGCCAUGUUGAGAGCGAAAAGAAAAAGAUUCUUAGUCUUAUUAAUGAUGAUAUCUCUUGCGCAAUCUUGGAUGUGUCUUUCCAGCGAAUGCUCAAGAAAGAAAAAGUCCCUCCACGAAUUGCUCUUUCUCUUGGGCCACUGGAACUGUGGAGUGAUGAGUUCGAUGGAAAGGGAGACUUUGGCCAAUACCGAUCAAGGCUUUUAGAAUUGAUCAAGUUUAUUGCUUCUCACAAGCCCCUUGUUUCUAGUACUAAAAUAGCCGAAAGGAUUAUCACUCUCAUUAAGGAUCUAUUGGCUUCUCCAGUGCCUCUUCAGGAUGUAGCAGUGAUGGACAGCCUGCAAUUGGCUUUCAUUGUCAAGGAUCCAGCAACUAGUACUUCAAGAAUUGCAAGAUUACAGAUUUGUACGUCUUUUAUACGAAUAGCCAAAGCCGCUGAAAAAAGUGUUCUGCCUCACAUGAAGACUAUUGCUGAUACAAUGGCAUAUAUGCAAAGAGAAGGAACUUUGCUCCGGGGGGAGCAUAACAUUUUGGGUGAAGCAUUUCUUGUUAUGGCUUCAGCAGCAGGAGCUCAACAGCAGCAAGAAGUUCUUGCUUGGUUACUGGAGCCACUGAGCCAACAGUGGGUCCAAGCAGAGUGGCAGAAUAAUUAUCUAUCAGAUCCUAUGGGGUUUGUUCGUCUUUGCUCCAACACGCCCUUCAUGUGGUCUUUGUUCCACACUGUUACAUUCUUUGAGAAGGCUCUCAAGAGAAGUGGACAUGGAAAAAGCAACUUGAAUACAACCUCAGUAAAAAGUCAAGAUUUGCAUCCUAUGGCUCAUCAUCUAUCUUGGAUGUUGCCACCUCUCUUAAAACUUCUCCGUGUUAUCCAUUCCCUUUGGUCUCCCUCAGUAUAUCAAACACUACCCCCAGAGAUGAGGGCAGCAAUGACAAUGCCUGAUGUUGAGCGAUAUAGUCUCCUUGGGGAAGCAAAUCCUAAAUUGUCAAAAGUCUCUUCGGUGUAUGCUGAUGGAUCUUUUGAUGGUGGUAAAGACGGACAAUCAGAGGCAAAUGAAGCCAAUGUGCGAAAUUGGUUGAAAGGUAUCCGAGAUAGUGGAUACUAUGUGUUGGGUCUAUCGACAACAAUCGGAGAUACAUUCUUCAAAUGCCUAGAUGCGAACUAUGUCGCAGUGGCACUCAUGGAGAACCUACAGUCGAUGGAGUUCAGGCACAUACGACAGCUUAUUCACGCCUUUGUAGUUUCUGUUGUUAAAUCUUGUCCGGCUGACAUGUGGGAGUCAUGGCUUGAAGUGCUCCUGCAACCGUUGUUUAUUCAUUGUCAGCAAGCUACUAGCUCCUCUUGGGCCAGUCUUAUGCGUGACGGCAGAGCACAAGUUCCAGAUUCGUUUGGUGUACAAAAUGGGCCUGACAUGAAACUUGAAGUAAUGGAAGAAAAACUUCUGAGGGAAUUAACUAGGGAGAUUGCCACCCUCCUUUCAACGAUAGCUUCUCCUGGUUUAAACCCUGGGCUUCCAAUUUUGGAGCAUCCAGGCCAUGUGGGCCGUGUGGAUAUGUCUACUCUCAAGGAUUUGUCAGCUUUCAGAUCCAACUCUAUUGUGGGUUUCCUCCUAAAUCACAAAAACAUGGCUCUCCCAGCACUGCAAAUCUGUUUGGAAGUAUUUACAUGGACAGAUGGGGAAGCAACCACCAAAGUCUGUUGCUUUUGUGGUGUUGUUGUCCUUCUAGCGAUUCUAACAAAUAACGUGGAACUCAGAGAAUUUGUGUCAAAAGAUUUGUUUUAUGCGGUCAUUAAAGGCUUAGCCAUGGAGUCAAAUGCCGUUAACAGCGCUGAUCUAGUUUAUCUAUGCCGUGAAAUAUUCUUUUAUUUCGCUGACAGAGACCCAGCUCCCCGUCAGGUUUUGCUUUCACUCCCUUGUCUCACUCCCAACGACUUGCGUGCUUUUGAAGAAGCUGUGGCGAAAACUCCAAGUCCCAAGGAGCAGAAGCAGCUCAUGAAAAGCUUGUUGCUGUUAGGUACAGGGAAUAACUUAAGAGCGCUUGCUGCUCAGAAAACCGUUAAUGUUAUCACCAAUGUCACUUUGAGGUCACGUGGACCAGCAAACACUUCAGAAGCUAAAGAAAACGAAGGGGAAACAAUUGGGCUGGCUAGUGUUUUAUGAGGUGAACCCAUUAUAAUAUGAAGUUAAAGAGAGGCAAGAGGAUGAAUUCUUACAACGAGACCGUACAGAUAUGUAAAUUAGUCGGUAAAGAAGAUUUUGCGGAAGGUAACAAAGAAGCGGCUUUUUGUUUGUUUGACACACACAGAUGGAUGAGCAGAUACAUUGAGGAGCAAGUGUUUCCUUGAACUUACGAUGCAUAAACGAGGUUUCGCAUAUCCAACCUAUCGAAAUUGCGAUGCUACUUCUCUAUAAAAUGCCCAUAUUUGUAUCUUUGUACACGAAUCCACGAACCUUGGCACAUCCAUGAUUGAUGUAGAGAAAGCUCUGAUCUCAAAAGUGUUAUUUACUUUCCGGCUU